GGGUUAGGGUUUUUCUUCAUUUUCUUCUCUAUUCUCAGUUCUCACUCACUUUCUAUGGGAUUUUAGGGUUAAAAUGUUGAUAUCUUCUUCAAUUUUUUAUUUUUUAUUUCUAACAUGGCUACCUGAGUCACAAAGACCCACAGAGGCGUACGCCUUUCUGGAGUUUUGCUUUUUCUUCAACGCCUCUAGGCGUUUUUGCCACGCCUCGCCGUGAGGCGCGCUCCAAGGCACGCCUGAAAAACGCCAUUGAAAUCCUUGCAAUGGCUGAAGAAUUUUGUAUCCACUGGAUUGCAUUAUUCUUUCUUAGUUCUUAUAAUUUCCCAUUUAAGUAGGAGUUUUGUGACUUAAAAAACUCUUGAAGUAGUUUUAUUACAUGAAUAUGAUUAUUAUCUUUGAGAGGUUCAAUGAAAUUUCUUUCAUUUAUUAGCUAUGCAAAUUCCUGAAUUCAUUCAAAACCAAAGGUAACGAGAACCAUUUCGUAUAAAUACAUAUGACACUAAGUAAUAGCAGGUGGUAGAAAUUUUCUUUAUGCUUUAAAAAUCUAAUUGAAUAUAUAAUUUGAACAUUUCUUUAAUUCUGCUGUUCAUACUUUUAUCCUCUAAAAGAUAAUGAGAACCAGUGACCCCUUGGCUGAGAAAUUCAGUUCUUUUUUUCCUCCCUUUUUUUUCUUGUUCUGUAGAUAGUCCUGAUAUUAUAGGAAUAGGAAUCGCUAGAAAAGUAAAAUCAAUCACUCUCAACCGUUCUGAACUCUUUAUGGGCUGUUUUCUGUUGCUAAAUUUGCAGAAUGUCUAAUCUUAUGAUUAAUUUUCUUUCUUGCCAUUUUCAGCUUAGCUCCAUUAACAGCCUUUGUGCUAUAUAUCAUCUUUAAUUUCUGGUCAGCUCUCAGCUUUCACUAAACAACACCAAAGGGAGUGUAACCCAAGUAUACAGGGGAUAUUCAAAGUUAUGCACAGAACAAAGUGGAAGAGAGAAAAUAAUAAAAAUAAAAAUAGAAAUAAAAAAAACACAAAAAUGAGGACCAAGACAAAGGAGUCACAGUUUACUCACCUCAAUCCAAAUAAACCCCAAACUAUCAAGAGAGUCAGGGAGGAGCUUCUAAUAUUCAGUGCGGAUGUAACCUAGAUGUUAAAUGCCUUAUUUGCAAAUGUUAAGGCACCCAAAAGGGGCUUAUUAACUAGCCUGCAAUAUAUCUUUUCCAACCAUUUUGAAACUUCAACAAGUUUCUUCCAUCAAAUCAACAACAUGAGAUGCUCGUCCAACAACAUGAGACCAUUUAAAACAUCAAUGUUCUCAUCACAGCAAUGUUUCAGGAAUAAUAUUACAUUCUAGGAACAUAUUUUUAAUAGUUUAUCUUCUCAAUUCACCUUGUCAGUCCAUUGGAAGAAGCAUUUUGGAGAAGUGCCUGGAAAACCCUUUUUCCACCUGACAAAUACAUUGACUACCUUCCUUACUGCUCAUACAAAUGAUUUUUUUGGGGGUCUGUUAUGAAAAUCCUGAAAUUGUAACUGGUAGAUUAUACCACAAAUUCAAUUGAAUUUGGACUGUCCAUGACAGGUGGGACCCAUGAUUCGAGUUUACAACCUACAUGGAGGGCCUCUGAUAGUGAAGGGAAAUUAGGCAUGCAAGCAGGAGUGCUGCUGUGGAGACACAGUUUCUUUCGAGCAAUACGUCGAACAGUUGUGUUCUCUUCACCUGUUAAUCAAAUUGCUUAUUCUUUCAACUCUUUUGGCACAGAAACAGCUGCUCUUUCUUUUGAAGAAAGUUCAAAGCCAAAUCAAGAGGAAGAAUCCAAGUCCUUAUCUUGGAAGAUUGAGAAACUUCCAAGAGGAGAACCAGUUGGGCUUGCCUUCCAAAGCUGGAUGGGUGAGGGUUGCCCCAUUCACAGAGGCCACAUCUUUCAUGCCAUUAAUCGUCUGAGGAAGCUAAAAUUCAACAAACGUGCCCUUGAGGUAAUGGAAUGGGUGGUCAGGGAGAGGCCCUACAGGCCAAAAGAACUAGACUAUUCGUAUCUAUUGGAAUUUACAACCAAGCUUCAUGGGAUUUCACAAGGUGAGAAGCUUUUCUCCCGUGUACCUCAUGAAUUCCAGAAUGAGUUGCUGUACAACAAUCUUGUAAUUGCAUGCUUGGAUAAAGGAGUGAUAAGGCUUUCGCUUGCUUACAUGAAGAAAAUGAGGGAGUUGGGUCAUCCCAUUUCAUACUUGGUCUUCAACCGUCUUAUUAUCCUCCAUUUCCCUCGUCGAAGGAAAAUCAUCCCAAGGAUCCUCACCCAAAUGAAAGCUGAUAAGGUUGCCCGGCAUGUCUCUACUUAUAACAUUCUCAUGAAAAUAGAAGCUAAUGAACACAAUAUUGAAGGGCUGGUCAAAGUGUUUGGUGAAAUGAAGCAACAACAAGUUGAGCCAAAUGAGGUAUCUUACUGCUUAUUAGCUACUGCACAUGCUGUUGCAAAGUUGUACACUGUGGCUGAGGCAUAUGUUGAAGCAGUGGAGAAGUCCAUAACUGGAAAUAACUGGUCAACACUAGAUGUUCUAAUUAUACUGUAUGGGUAUUUGGGGAAGCCUACUGAUUUAGAGCGUACUUGGGGCAUUGUGCAAGAACUUCCCCAUGUUAGAUCUAAGAGUUAUAUGCUGGCAAUUGAAGCAUUUGGAAGAAUUGGACAACUAAAUCGAGCUGAAGAGCUUUGGUUAGAAAUAAAGUCAAAAAAAGAGUUGAAAUCAACAGAGCAAUUCAAUUCAAUGAUAUCUGUCUAUUCCAAACAUGGGUUUAUUGAUAAAGCUUCUGGGCUGUUUAGGGAAAUGGAGAUGAAUGGAUGCAAAGCAAAUGCCAUAACUUAUCGAAAUCUGGCUUUGGGUUGCUUGAAAGCAGGGUUAUUGGAGGAGGCCUUGAAGACUCUAGAGUUGGGCAAGGGUUUGACAACUAGCACAAGGACCAGGAAAUCAAUCCCGUGGUUAGAGACUACCCUUUCCAUUGUUGAGAUUUUUUCUGAGAAUGGUGAUGUUGAGAAUGCUGAGAAGUUGUUUGAAGAAUUGAAGACAGCAAACUAUACCAGGUACACUUUUGUUUAUAACACCUUGAUUAAGGCUUAUGUGAAGGCCAAGGUCUAUGAUCCUAAUCUUUUGAGAAGGAUGAUUCUGGGAGGUGCUAGGCCAGAUGCGGAGACCUAUAGCCUGAUGAAACUUGCUGAGCAGUUUCAGACUUGAUUCAAAUCAAUUAUACUGGAUUAGUAAGCAAAUAUUAAUUUCAAGGCAAAAUGUUGGUGUAAAGAUAAGAAAUUGGAAGAGAGGGAUGAAUUUUGGAGGAGCAUCCUGCAGAUUUGCAGAUUAAGAGAAAUGUGGCAACUUCAGGCACACUGAAAUAGUUCUUUUCACAUGCCUCUAGAGCUCAGAUUAUAUGGAGAUGCUUACAGCAUGUAGCGUCACUUUUUCUUCUGUAUUCUGUUCCACCACCAAGAAAAGUAUUAAUUGAUUACAAAGGCAGCACAAAAAUUCUAACUGGUUAUAGAAAUUUUUUUAAUAGCAUUGUUUCGGCUGUUUUUGAAUAACAUAAAAUCAUUUAUUCAUGUACCCUAACUGGUUGGUCGAAAUUGUAAUUAUCUGUAGAGCAGGCCCCAUUAUCUUUCACUACUUGUUGAAUAAAAAUGAAAAUGAAAAUUGCCUUUCCAUGAA